AUGCGUGUUUUUUGGAGUGUGGGUGGAAGCCGGAGAACUCAGAUGGAAGGCAAAAUCUCUGAACUGUGUAUUCACAGAGAAUUCACGGAGAACGGUGGUGUUGGUGUGUACACCAACCUCGAGGUCACCAUUCUCCAAGUGAUAAACAAAUCGGUCCCCUGCCUCUCACCAUCCUCCCCACUGCUUGGUCUUACCCGUUGACGUGUUUCUACACAGCAGAUGGCUUUACACAUAAAUCCUAUUAACAACUUUCUGCCCAUGGAGACGCGCUGAACACGGAGCGCGUUCUCGCUCUUUCAUUGUCUCGUCUGAGGAGCCUGUUUUGCAUUAUUUUCUAACAUCUACCAAGACAUCAUCACAACAUGUCUGCAGAAAAGAAGCCCAAGAAGAAGAAGGAGGAGGCUAAAAGCACAAGCGAGUCCAAGCUGAAUGGCAGCGAGACCAAGAUAAAAAAAAUCAAGAUCAAAAAGAAUGAGGAAGCUUCUGAGGAGAGUCCUGUCUUGCAAAAUGACAAAAAGGUGAAGAAAAAGAAACUGGACAAGACAAAGGAACUGGGCAAAGAAAAGGAAAAAGACAAAGAGACAAAAAAGAAAACGAAAAGUGCCCCCAAAAAGAAGAAAGAGUCAGUUACAGACGACGACGAAGAAGAGGAAGACACUGCUAAAAAGAAAACCAAGAAGAAGACAACCAAAGACAGCUCAUCAUCCCCCAGUGCCACCAAAGAAAAGAAAUGCAAAUCAAAAGAGGACAAGGAUUCCGAUGGAAAGGAGAAGAAGUCAAAGUCUAAAGAGAAAGACAAAAAGAAGGAAGCAGCGUCCCUGUUCCAGAUAAACGACAAAGAUUCUAAGAGCAAGAAGAAAGCCGCCAAAUCGGAAAGUGACGACAGCGAGGAGGAGGCCAAGUCGACAAAGACCAAAAAGAAGUCUGCCGCAAGCUCAACGUCGUCUUUGUUCCAAACGUCAGGAGACAAAGACAAAGAAAAGAAGACAAAGAAGAAAGGCAAGGCAGAAGGGAGCGAUGAUUCAGAGUCAGAAAAAGAAGAAAAAUCCAAAAAGAAGAAGGGCAAAGGAAAAAAGAAGAAGGAGAGAGCACCAUCACCUGAGAUCGAAUUUGACAACUUGGAAAAGUUUGUGAUGGAGCCUGCGCCUCAAGGCGCGACCGUCAAAUGCAGAGUGACUCGAGACCAGAGAGGGAUGGAUAAGAGCAUGUAUCCUCUUUACUUCCUUCAUCUUGACAACGAGAAGAAGACAUUUCUGUUGGCUGGCAGGAAGAGGAAGAAAAGUGCCACCUCCAAUUACCUCAUUUCCAUUGAUGCCACGGAUUUGUCAAGAGGUGGCGAUAACUUCGUAGGAAAACUGAGGUCUAAUUUAAUGGGCACCAAGUUCACUGUCUUUGACAAUGCUCUAAAUCCAGAAAAGGCCCUUCCAGACAUGUCCAAUGCACGGCAGGAGUUGGCAGCAAUCAUUUACGAAACAAAUGUUUUAGGGAUGAAGGGGCCCAGAAGGAUGUCGGUCAUCAUUCCUGGCAUGGACAGAGACAACGAGCGAGUACCACUCCGACCCAGAAAUGACUAUGAUGGCCUGUUGAUACGACACCAAAAUAGAAGGAUGGAGAAUCUGAUUGAGCUACACAACAAGACACCUGUGUGGAACGAGGAAACGGCAUCGCAUGUGCUCAAUUUCAAUGGCAGGGUCACCCAGGCCUCCAUCAAGAACUUUCAGAUCGUCCACAGCAAAGAUUUGGACUACAUUGUGAUGCAGUUUGGCCGAAUUGCUGACGAUAUUUUCACCCUGGACUACAAGUACCCCAUGUGUGCAGUGCAGGCCUUCGCCAUUGCGCUUUCUAGCUUCGAUGGGAAAAUCGCCUGCGAAUGAGUCCCGAUUGUUGCCUAUGAGGAUCGGAUUCAUUACACAUAUACACACACACACACACACCUGUCAGAACAACCCAGGCCUUUCGAUAUGCCGUCGGACAUUUCUUCGUGAUGUGCCCUGAUCACAAAUGACAGAUGUGUGAACGUGACAAUAGCUGCUGUUGUUUCCGCCCCAGAGGAGUUCAAAGCAAGAAAAAGAUACACGCUGUCAUUUGGUCUGCAUUGGCACAAGGAGAGUCCUGUUUUAAUUCUAAUUUUAAUCAGUGGAAACAUUUUGUGUCAUUCGGUAUGUUAUCUCAUGGGUCACUGGAAAAUUCAUUGCCAUCAUCAUCAUCAUUUUUUUUUGUUCACUGUUGCAACCUACAGUAUUUGGUGAUUUCUGACAUGGACAUUUGUAGGAGGCUAGUGCUGAUGUAUUUAAAACAAAAUCACAACUAUUUUGACGAUAAUUUGAACAAAUGUGCAGAUCAUUACUGCCCUAUAAAAAAACAUGUAUCUCAUUUUUUUAAUGCGUGAAAUAUGUCAAAAUAUGAGAAUAAAACACCCCCAAAUUUAAAAUUUGGAGAUACAGUUGCUCCAAAAAGGCCGUACAACCAAAUGACAGGAGAAUCCUAGUAGAACAUCUGAACUUUAUAAAGGGUUAAGUGGAAGCACUUCAACUCGAGGCCGGUACAUGCUCCUACCCAUUUAACAUCAGUUUGAAUGUGAUUGGCUAAUUAUGAACAUGGCGACAUCCCGGUAAUCAGCGGGUGUGCACACUUUCGCGACCACGUGAUCCGAAAACAUAGAUUUAUUUUCGGUUGAGCUCUCCAGGUUAUCAGCCACAAUAUGGUGGAAAAAAGAUUUGAAAUGGUUUAACAAAAACCAGGAAUUUGAACCAGGGUGUGGAGAACGUUUUUUUAAAUUUUUAUUUAAAUAUCAAAGGUCAAUUUUCCAAUCGAUUUGUCAAAUUCUGAACAGAUUUCUGGUUUUAUUAGUUGACAUUUUUUCCCUCUUUUAAUCAGUACAAGCAAAUAUCUCAUACAUACAAACUGUAUCUAAAAUGUGUUUAUUUUUCAAUGUAUCGUGUUUCUUUUACCUUCUGUAAGGUAUCUGACUGAACAUUUUUCAGAAUUUUGUUGAAUUUCUCAGUCUUCUAUGACAGUGUUUCCCAACUGAUACUGAGACAUGGUUUUACUUUACAUGAACUAAAAAUGGUCUGUCUCAACUAUUCACAACUAGACUAAGUGUGAAAUGUGGUCCUGUUUCGAUGUACACAAAGCUAUUAAUUAGUUCUAUGUUUGACAACAGAUGGGUACACGUCUUUAGUUGUACCUUCUGCCACGUAGUGGAAGAGCAUUGAAUUGUUCUGCCGCUCACUUUUCAUCACUAGCAUAAAAAAUAGGGAUAUAACAAUAUCUAAUUGUCACGACACAAUCUCCUGAUAUUAACUUCUCAAUAUGAUACUUAUCACAAUAUUGUGGCGAUGGUGGCAAUUUCCUUUUGAAAAUCACACGAGUAUAUAUGAACUCACGAUAUUGUAUAAAAAAAAAUCUCAAUGUUAUAUUUUUGUACAUUAAAACUGUUGUGACCAAGAAAUAGGCUUGGCCAAAUCGUAUUUCAAUGUUAUGGAUUCCUAUUGGCUCAGCGAAGCAAAGUAUCAUGAUCUCUGUUGUUCACAAUGCUUUGUUCGGCUGAAGCAGGCGAAGAGUACGGAUGGAGAUGUUCUACUUUUAAUAUCAGUACAUGAUGAUGAUGAUCAUAUUAUGACAAUUUUAAUAUCGCAAUAUCACCCAUAUCAUUACAUCCCUAAUGAAUAGAUGAUCAAAGAUAAUUAUUUAGUCGUAAAUAACCUUUUUUUUCCAUGUAAGCAAAAUGGGCCACAGCACAGUGCUUGGGGAUCACUGUUCCAUGAAAACAUGAUUUAAUAAAGUAGAGUAUGUCAAAUCAAUGUCCUCCACUUCAGCUUUGAUUGUGUCAUGAGUAUGUAUGUAUCAAGAAUACAUUUUUUAAACAAUCUUACCAUGACUACAGUGACUUUAACUGGGGACAAAAACAACCAAGCAGGUUGCCCUCCUUAACUGGGGCCAUGCCCUGCAGGCUUUGUUGACGUUUUAGAUUUAUAUUAUAAAAGUUUUACAGAUACGUUCUGCGUUUAGCCGGCGGCUUGCAGAUCAUCUGACAGGUUUGAGUCGCCCUGAAGCUGCGCUCCAAAUGAAAAACCUGUUUGAGGUGACAGCUUGGAGGCAAAGUGAGAGAAAGGUGUGUAUUCUGCCUCAACCUGCUCAGGCAGUUGUCCAAACUCGCAGGUUGAAUGAAGCCUAAAAGCUGGUGCCUUUACAGGAUGGACGCUGUUAAAAGGAGAGUUCUUCCUCACUGUGACCGGCUGCAACAAAAAUUGCUGUUUUCCUUUUUAGAUGUUCAUCAGGGCAUCUGUUCAUCUUAUUUGUCCAGGUUGUGGAGGAAUUAUUCCUUCAGAAAUGCUUGCAACCAUGUUGUUAACCAAAAGAAGGAGCUGUUGCAGAAGGAGAAUUCAUUGAUGGGCUGCUGUUGUUUUUUCCCCAAAACAAAACACACAUAGAAUUUUUGAAUUAUUCCGCUCAAAAAACACAAUAAAUGCUCUGAUGCCCUUUUUUUUCUUUUCUUUUUUUUCCAUUUUAACAAAUAGCGUCUUCAAACACUUCCAUCCCAUAACAUAUUUCCCCAUUAAAAUGAGUGGAAAUGCCAUUAAGCUAUUCAAGGCCCCAUAAAACCCUGAACAUAAAAUGUUGCAACAUUAAUUUUCUGAAGAAAAAUGACACUCUAUAGUACUGUUCAUCAUAAUAACAUAAUUUAAUCGAUUGGAAAGAUUCAAAGUGUUUGUAAAGCAUGAUUGUUUGCAUUGCAUUAAUUUUACAUCUCCUUGUGGUAUGCAAACUUUGGCCAACAGGUGACACUAUAUAUACAUAUAUAUAUAUAUAUAUAUAUAUAUAUAUAUAUAUAUAUAUAUAUAUAUAUAUAUAUAUAUAUAUAUAUAUAUAUAGACACA